GACAGAUUCACACUGAAGCAGCGCCGGUGUGAGGGCAGCUCACUCCAACCACACAGCUGCUGGAAGAUUCGAUAUCUCUGUGGAGUUUAUUUUUAAUUUCAUUUUUAUUAUUAUUUUUUUUAAUCAUUUUUAAUUUAUACUUUGUGAAGCUUCUCUUCAUCUUCUGGGGGAAAAAUGUGUUGUCUCGUGGGAUGAGUGUGUAGGAGGAAAAAGAAGAUUGGAGAAAGUGUGCACUCUUUAGCACUGUUCAAAAGUGCAAAAGGCUACACACACACACACACACAUACAUUUACAGAUAAACCCAGGAGUUUAGGAUCAUCAUCCUCAUCCUCAUCAUCAUCAUCAUCAUCUUAUCUCCAUCCCUCACUCCUGCCAUGCGCUCUCAGUACCAGCUUGCGCUCUUCUUCAUCCUGCUCUGUCCAGUCAACAUCAUCGGCAUGUGGUGGGCAGUGGGCAGUCCCCUGGUCAUGGAUCCUAACAGUAUCUGCAGGAAGACGAAGCGUUUGGGCAGUAAACAGGCCGAUCUGUGUCAGAACCAUCCGGAAAUCGUGAGUGAGGUGGUGAAAGGAGCCAGGCUCGGAGUGAGAGAGUGUCAGUACCAGUUCCGCUUCCGACGAUGGAACUGCACAAGCCACAACAAGUACUUCGGAAAAAUCCUUCAGCAGGAUAUCCGGGAGACAGCGUUUGUGUAUGCCAUAACGGCCGCUGGAGUAACUCAUGCAGUAACUCAGGCCUGCAGUAUGGGGGAGCUACUGCAGUGUGGCUGUGAGGCUCCGCCCCCUCGCCAAGCUGAAGCUCCACCCGUUGUCGAUGGGGCAUGGGACGGGGGCGGGGCCUGGGAGUGGGGCGGUUGUGGAGAUGACGUAGAGUUUGGCUAUGAGAAAUCCAAACAGUUUAUGGAUGCCAAGCGCAGGAAGGGCAAGAGUGACAUCCGCACUCUCAUCGACCUGCACAACAACGAGGCCGGACGCCUGGCAGUGAAGAACUACAUGAGAACCGAAUGCAAAUGUCAUGGGCUGUCAGGUUCCUGCACACUGCGAACCUGCUGGAAGAAGUUGCCACGGUUCCGGGAAGUGGGCAACCGUCUUCUAGAGCGCUUCAAUGGUGCAUCAAAGGUGAUGGGAAGCAAUGAUGGAAAGACACUGAUCCCUGUCGGCCAGAACAUAAAAGCUCCAGAUAAACAGGAUCUGAUCUAUUCUGCUGAGUCGCCUGACUUUUGUCUUCCAAACAGAAAGACAGGUUCCCCAGGGACCAGGGGGAGAACCUGCAACAGCACGGCAUUGGACGUGAGUGGCUGUGACCUGCUGUGCUGUGAGAGAGGGUAUCGAGAUGAAGUUGUCGUUCUGGAGGAGAACUGCCUUUGUCAGUUCCACUGGUGUUGCGUUGUCCAAUGUAAAAAGUGUUCAGUUCGCAAGGAACUCAGCCUCUGUCACUAAGUUCUUACCUGGUGGACAAUCUAAACUACAUUGUCCUGUUAGUGUUUGCAGUCCCAAAUUACCUGGCUUGUCUGCUCGGGGACUGGAUCACUGACUCCUGAACAUUGUCUCUCUUGCUCUAGAACAUCACAUGUGUACUCUCCUGAUGGAGUUCCAGAGUUCACCUGCAGAUUCUAGGACACAGACAGUUCCUGAUCAUGAUUUACCUGCAGAGGAUUCAUUAAAUGUGAACUGUUUUGCUGAUGGCUCUAGAUAAACCAUUCUCUUGCAUGGGAAUCUAGAAAUGUUGAGGAUCUGGUUGGAUUGUAUGCUGUCUUGAUAGACUUUUAUUUUGCUAACUGGUCAAUUGGAAAAUAUAGAAUCUGUAUAGGCUGACCUGAGGCAGAGUAACAAUCAAAUCCAGACACUUCUGCUUAAGUUCUAGGUAUUUGAACACAUUCUACAUAACAUCUUCUGAUGGAGCUUUUCCACGCUGACUCAGUUUUUAUGAAAAUGAUUUCUCUUACAAAGAUCUUAACUGUGGACUGUUGAAGUUCCAAGUCAUUCACUGAGCUGGUGAAAAAUCUGGACUGCUUUGUUAUAGAACUCCUAAGGUUCUGAAUCAACAUCAGUGACUUGAUGUUUCACAACAUAGUUCACGUGCAGAAUGAUCUGAAAUGCACAGCUUUCAGAAGACGUUCUAGAGUAUUGACUUACCUGAUGGAGGAUCUAGACCAUGAACUCACUUCUGCAGAGGGAUAAUCAGAGAUGGACUCUUCACUUGAACUUCUAAAUAACUCUGAAACGCCUCCAGAUUAAGUUUUUAAAACAUACAUUCACCUGAUGGAGCUGCCAGGCAAUAAAAAUAUGCUUAUGUUUCUUCAAUCAUGUUCUAAGAGUAAAAAAAACAUUGAGACAUUGGUGAGAAAAUGUUUGUUGUGGCAGUGUGAGGAUUACGCAGCAUCAGGACAAAGAACAAAGACUUCUAUUUAUAUACAAUAACAUGAUGACUACUAACAGAAACAGAUGACUCUGGAAUAUUCUGUCCAAAGCACUUUGAAUAUGAGAACGAUGCACAUUGUACCCUAGCGUUUAAUCUUUUUUUCUGUUUCAAACAGCAGUAUGUAAACAACUCUCUAUAUUUUUAUUGUUUUUUUUACUACUAUUAUAUUCUUCAGUUAUUUAAUACAUAGAGCUUUUUUAUGCA